UUGGCGUUUGGUCCGCCAUGUCCUUCCCUCUCCUACCAGUGAGGAGAGGGAAGGACGUGGCGGGAAUGUCUCUGUGCCCAGAAAUGAAACUUAAAGUGUCUGUUGACGUCAGAACACAGAAACGAGAGUUUACAAGCUGAAGAGCAGCCCGGUCAAAUACCCGAGAGAAAGACAAACACAUCGUCUCUGCAUAGGGAGGAUAAACAGACGCAUCACUGCAGAGACUCUGAUCAGCCCGGCGAGGAUGAAGAAGAUGGGGAAACUGCUUUUUGUUCCCGUCGCAUUGGUUGUCAUAGGGUUUGGUUUUUUUUUUAAUACCGAUCGUUUAAUUACGACUAUAUCUGCAAGAACUUGGACUGCUACUCAAAGACCACCAACAUGGCCAACUACAUCAGCUCCCCCUCAAUCAAAUUUAAACUGGAAGAUGGUCACGUUGUCACGUUAUGGAGGAAUAUCUUUCUAUCCCCCCUAUUUCGCUAAUUCCACUGCUCCCACUCCUACCUACCAAACCCGUCCCUACCCCACCCGACGCUACCCCACCCGACGCUACCUCACCCGACGCUACCCCACCCGACGCUACCCCACCCGUCUCUACCCCACCCGACGCUACUCCACUUGGCCCUACCCCACCCGUCCCUACCCCACUUGGCCCGACCCCACUUGGCCCUACCCUACUUGGCCCUACCCCACUUGGCCCUACCCCACUUGGCCCUACCCCACUUGGCCUUACCCCACUGAACCGCACCCCACCCAUGAAUACCCCACUCAUCCCUACCCCACCCAUGAUUACCCCACUCGCCCCUACCCUACUCAUCCCUACCCCACCCAUGACUAUCCCACACGUCCCUACCCCACACGUCCCUACACCACUCGUCCCUACCCCACACGUCCCUACACCACUCGUCCCUACACCACUCGUCCCUACCCCACACGUCCCUACCCCACACGUCCCUACACCACUCGUCCCUACCCCACACGUCCCUACACCACUCGUCCCUACCCCACACAUCCCUACCCCGCCACCACCUACCCUAGCUGGACCACCACGGCGCCUCCCACUACUGGUGUGUCCGUGUGUCUGCGUUAUCUCAUUGACUUUGAAACAUCAAGCAGAAUCUUCACACUGAGUCCAGCCAGCAGAAACCCAAUGAUUCUGGGAGUCAGGGGCUCUGAUACGUAUUCACUGUACAUGCCCAGUUCCAGUUACUACUACUGGUACUUCACACCCAACAUAAAGUUCCAGUCACUCAUUGAACCGGAAAUCUGGACCAGAGUCUGCCUCACUGUGGACACCAACAGUGUGGUCCAGGUGUUUAGUGGCUCAAACAUGAGCAUCAGGAAGAUCCUGCCUUUUCAGAAUGUGUGGUCAGGUGAGCCUAUGAUUGAAUUUUCAGGUAUUGACGCUCAGGUGACAGAUGUCCAGAUAUGGGAUUAUGCUCUCAGCCACAAAGAAAUCUUCAACUACAUGACCCGUGGUGUCUACAGGCCGUACCAAGGCUCUGUCCUCACCUGGUCUGACGUCAGCUAUACUGUUAGUGGAAAAACGCUAUUUGAGGACAGCUAUGAGUUGCUGGGAGGACAGGUCAGCAGCAGAAAAAGAGGGCAUCAACCAAAGGCGGAGAGGAAGACCUGGAACGUUUUCAAUAAAAGUGGAAGGAAAGAGGAAAGGCUUUAAUCAUACAUACAUGUGUAUGUAUGCAUGUGUCCUGUUUCUUCCUGAUUGAUAUUCAAAAAUGCAUUAAUUGAGAUUUAAUCAACAAUCAGUAGUUAAUCAUAAAUGUAUUAUAAAUGUUACCGAUUUGAUGGAUGUAUGUGAUUAUAUUUACAAUCCUAACAGUGUCAGUAUUAAAAAUAUUUUAAUUUUUA